AUGGGUAAACGGAACGCAGCAGCCGCCAUUGUGGACGCGGAUCGGUUGCCACAGUUUGAAACACCACCGAAGCGUGCGAAACAUGCCACGGCAGCGGCGACGAUGGUUGUGGGACCGGUUACGCAGCAAGUGGCGGCCGCCGUUCCUGCCGCUGCCGCACCACCGGCCACUCCGGCGGCGCCAUACUCUCCGAACGUCAGUGCGAGUGAGUUUACGCUCAGCAAAGAGUUUGUCGACGGCACGCUGUUGAUGGAUUUGGCGCUUAAGCAAUGGCGCAUUGGAAAACCGAUCGGCAAGGGUAGCUUUGGUGAAAUAUUUCUCGCCUCCGAUGACAUCGAACAGCCGGUUACGAGCGAGACGGCGGAGUACGUGGUUAAGAUUGAGCCCCACUCGAAUGGGCCACUGUUUGUCGAAAUUCAUUGUCUACUGAACACGGCCAAACGAUCCGAAUCCUGUCAAAUACCGCCCGGAAUGCCCGAGUACAUUGCGUCCGGUUCACACAUGUUCAAGAACCAACGGUACCGGUUUCUCAUCCUGAAGCGCUACCGGCGUGAUCUGCACUCGAUCAUCAAGAACAAGCGCGUCGAUCCGAAGAGCAUCCCGGUGAUCGCCUGUCAGAUACUGGAUGUGCUGGAGCAUUUACACGACCAAGGUUACGUGCACUCGGACAUUAAGGCGGAAAACCUGAUGAUUGGCACCGUUGUCGGCAGCCGCAGCAAGGCGACAGCGAACGGUGAUCACCACCACCGGGCCAAUGACUUUGCCCGGACGGCGGGAGAAAGUGGUGCAGGAUUGCAAAAUGGUGGCGGUUCGCUCUAUCACCAUCACGUUCCGCAAGAUGAUCAUCACAUCGCCGCGAUGUGCGGUGGCCGAUCGCGCACGCUUCGUCCACUGAAAACGGUCACGUAUCGUGAUUUGAGUGACGACGAGGAUCGCACUAAUGGCGCACGCAGCGCCGCACGACGUGGUGGCCGAGGUCGUCGCAGAAAGAACCCGGACGCAUCGUUCACCUACUCGAUCUCACCGCGUCGGACGGCGAACGGCUACGAGGAACUGAAGGCAGCCACAGAGGAGGCCCACUGGAACGAGAUGUACCAUCACAAGCAGCAGAGUCGAGCGGCCGCGGCCGCAGCAGCAGCGGGUCACUCGCAAGCGGCCGCCCCGGCACCACCGCUACCACUUUCCUCCCCACCGCCGGCUCAUGAUCGCAUUCACCUGAUCGACUUUGGGCUGGCGUCAAAGUUUAUGAAUUCGGGUGGUCAGCACCGGCCGUUCUGUAUGGAUCAGCGGCGGGCGCACGAUGGAACGCUCGAGUUUACGUCGCGCGACGCGCACAUGGGAGCGCACGUGCGCCGCAGCGACCUCGAGUGCCUCGGGUACAACCUGGUGUACUGGAGCCGUGGCUUUUUGCCGUGGAAGGACGAAAAGUUGCUCAAUCAGCCGGAGCAGGUGCACCGCAUGAAGGAGUACUUUAUGACGGAUGUGCGCGAAAUGUUGCGCCUCAUCUACGGCGAAGACUGUCCGGCGUAUUUGGGCGAGUUCCUAGCGUACGUCAACCAGUUGACGUACGAUGCGCGGCCUGACUAUCAGCACUGCCGGGCACUGUUUGUGAAGGAGGUGAAACGGCUCGGCGGAACGGUGCCAGCGCGCCACCAGCCGCUCCGGCUGGACUUGGAGGCGAUCGAGCGCGGCAGUGUCCCGCUGACGGCCCAGGAUGAGGCGGAAAUUACGAACAAAAUCAAUCACGUCAAAUCGCUCAUGAAGCUGGGCGGUGCCCUGUUUCCGUACCGCGAAAGUACGCCCCACAGUAAGGCGACGUCCAAGAAUCUGCGCUCGAAGCGUAGCGACGUCCGAAAUUUGCUGCUGGUCGGUGGUGGCAUGACACCCGGAGGUGGCACCGGCGCGGCGGUGGCUGCCGGGGGUCUGGUGAACGGUGGCGCGCACACGCAGUCCGCAACACCGAUAGGGACGCGCAAACGGGUGGAGAAAAAGUUUAGCUGUGAGGAAAUUUUCGCCACCGACGCCGAUCAGAUCGCGCGCGAUCGCGUCGAGAAGGAGUUUGAGCGGGCGGAACAGAUGCAAGACGAAACGGUCCGCCGGUACAAGGGCAAACCGACGUACGCGAUACAGGAGCAGGAGGAGCGCAAACACCGGACCGGCCACAGUGUCGGGGCGUUGGAGUACGCCGAAAGUGAGGACUACAUCAAGGGCUACACGAAACCGAUGAUGGACAUUCUGCGCAAACGGCAAUCGCAGCUGUUCCACGAUAUCGAGGAGGAAAGACGACGCAAGAGCGCGGAAUCGGAGGAGGUGGCCACGGCUCAGAUGAAUGGACAAGACGAAGAUGGGGAGGAAGGGGAGGAAAAUGACAUUGAGGAUGACGCCUCGGAAGAUGACGACGCCGAAGAAGAAGAAAAUGAAUCUGUCGAGGCCGAGGAAGUGGACGACGAGGAGGUGGAAGAACCGGACGAGGAAGAGUGUUACGACGAGUAUCACCCAUCGAAAGGAUCUUCCCAUCGUAAAGGACAGAAAAAGGAGGACACCGAUAGUGACUUUAUCAACGAUGGUGGCUGUGAAGAGGAAGAAGACGAGCAAGAAAAUGAUGAUCCGGACGACAGCGAAGAGGACGACGGCGAAGAGGAAGAGCAGGACAGUGAUUUUAACGAUCAAGAGAGCACGUACGAAAGUGACGAGGAAGAAGAAAUGAUCAUGCCUUCGCGGCGCAAGGGAAUGGCCAAGAAUGGCAACAAGGGUGGUCACAAGCCGAACGCAGGGUCGCGGAAGAGAGUGAUCGUCGAACACCCGGACCCGGAACCAUCAGUCGCCGUUUCGAUCGAUCGCGAUCGAAAGCGAUCGAAACACGCCAACGGUCGAUCGAGAAACCUGCAAUCCUAUCACAAUAACUUCCGCGUCACCGAUGGAACCGAUAGGGCGGACCCGGAAAACGCUACUAGGUACGGGGCGACGGGAUCGGGCGAUCGUCGUCGUGAUAAAAAUAAAUCGCGGAAGGUGCAUCGAACUGUGACCGAAGAUCAGCAUCACCAUAACAACAACAACGGCAGCAACAACAAAGUCUACUACGAUGGCGAUGUCGAUGACUCCUCGCACGACACGACUCCGGCCAAUUCCGCGUCGCAGGCGGAUCACUCCGGGAAGUAUCAGUACAUGAAGCGGCGCAAGUCGGGCCUCCGGGAACGGAUCCGACCGACGGAUCGGGGCAACGAUUACCAGGACAAUCUGCAGCGCAAACGGAAGGCUGCGAUGCGGAACAAAAAGCGCCGCGAAUCGGCGGCCCUGUCCGCGUCUGGUGGUCGUCUGGCGGCGACUGCAGAGGAUGAUCACUGCCUCGAUGAGUCCGGUGUGGAUGAUGACACAUCGCGCAGCAGUCACCACUCGGUGGAGUCUUCAUCGUCCAUGGCCUCAGGCACAACGUCGUCCUCUUCGGCGGCGUCGACGUCCUCAUCGUCGUCAUCCGCCGCGUCCACUGUUUCGACGGCGUCGUCGGCGUCUUCGUUUUCGUCUUCCUCGGUUUCCCACCGACGCGGCCGCCGGACGGCCAACGCUUCCCGCGGCAGCAGCAGUCACCGUUCUUCCGUGCGGCGAAGAGGCAAAUCGGAAGCGGCCACAUCGCUCGGCAGCAGCAGUAACGGCGGUGGUGGCCGUAACGGAUGGAGCCGCUCAAACUCGCAGCACAGCAACCGUUCCGCGACGAACUCGUCCUCACGCUCGUCCUCGGUGUCGGCAUCGACGAUUCAGCAGCAGCAGCAGCAACAGGACGACCAUCAUCACUGGCACGGCGGCGGUCGGGAGACGGACCAUCAGCAGCAGCAGGCCAGGAAACGGCUCGCUACCUUGCCGGAGGAUGACUUCCUGGGCGAGGAAGACGACGAUACGCGCGAUGUCGAUUAUUCACCGAUUUGCACCCGUGGCAAGCGCAAAACGAAGGCGGGUACGGCACAUAACGGCAGUGGCCGUGAGCAUAAGUCAACGAUAGCCAACGUUCGCCGACGGAAUGAAUCGAAAGGUGGUGGUCGGGGUGGUCACAGUAAAGGGACUACCGAUGCAUCCUCCACAUCGUCCGUCGUUUCCUCCUCGUCUUCGUCAGCCACCGGGCGCCAUCGGCAGGCUCCACACGAGUCACGCCGGAGUGGGACGGUGCCGCAGCAGCAACACCGAGGCCGUCGCUAUCAGCAGCAUCAUCAGCCGCAGCCACACUACUACUCCAACCCCCAGGACGCAGGACAACCCCAGCGCCACUCGACGACGAUGUUGGUCCGCACGUACAGCCGUGGGUAG